AUGAGCGGUUACGGCGGCCUGCCGAGCGGUGGUGCCGACUCGGACGUGCUGUCGCGGCGGCUGCGUGACGCAGAACGCGCACGUGCGGACGCUGAACGUGCGCACGCCGACGCGCUGUCGCAGCUGCGGGCCGCGCAACGCUCACCGCUCGACUCGCACAAUAUAGAGCAGCUGCAGUCCCGAGUUCGAGAGCUGGAGAAAAAGGCUGCUUUAGAGACAGUUCGUUGCGAAGAAUUGCAACUGGAAUUGUCUUCUGCAUUGCGUGCGCGAGGCACGUCCACAUCGGCCACAUGGUCCACGCAAGCAGGACAGCCUGUCUCCGAGAUAGAGCGCAUUAUGGCUAAGAUCGAACAGGAUAACCGAAUACUUGCUGAACUGGAACAUACUAGAUCAACAACGCAUGGUAUGCAGUCAAGUGGAUCGAAUCAAGCUUUGGGAGAGUUUCACUCGCCAACACAUUCACCAUUGCCGCACUCUUACACGAGUACGUCGGGCCACGUAGCUCUUUGUCAGAGCAAUACAAUGCCAACGUUAUCGUCCCUCCAUGCUACCGGACAAUUUACUGCACCCAGCUCCAAUUCCGUUGCCUAUUCCAUGAGUGCCCAUAAUCCAACUUCUUAUUCCAAUCCUAUACCUUCUUACUCCACAAAUACCUACGGUUUGCCCAACGCACAGCAAGUUACCUUCAAUAAUCCCGUCACCGCUCCUCUUAUUAACAGUAUAAGCCAAAUUUCUAGCACUCUGGCUGGUCUACAGAGUAACCUACAAACUAUGACCGGUAACGUUUCGGCCAUGUCUCUUGGUGGAACUUUGGCUGGAUCAACGCUAACGGGAACGAUGGCCGGUUCAGGGCUAACAAGCUGUUUAAAUACCGCGCAAAGCUCCAUUCCUGGAACGAUAAGUCACACUCUCGGAUUGCAAUCGUCACUUACUGGAGGAAUAGGAAAUAUUUCAAACUUAACUACCGGCACUCAACUUGGUGCUCUCAACACAAACCUUACUGGGACCGGAGCUUAUGGUACGGGGGCCGGCACCUAUACUAAUCCAUUGCUUACUGGCGGCUUGCCUGGAAACUCAAUGAACAUAAAACUGAAACCAUUGGAUGAAAUUGAUCUUGGCUUAGGUAGAUACGGGACUAAUACUUCAAAUAUGGUUAGAGUAGCAACCCCUGUAACGCCGCACCAACCCACGUGGAACUUAGGGCUAGAUAGCCAAUUCGGAACUGAUAGACUAGGUGGAUUGGAAACGGGAUUUAGCCAUGAUCGAAACCAAAGGGGUUUAUCCAGAAUGAUGCCUAAUUCUGGAUUGGAUCUAGACGUUCGAAAUACUCAUUUCAUGAACGGAGGAGCAUCAACAGAGGGUCAAGUUGAUAUGUUAGACAUUCCGAGUAAAGGUCGCUGCAGUGUUUAUAUGGCUCGUUAUUCUUACGAACCUCCUGACAUUGAAAGUGCAGACGGUGAAAUGUCGCUUAAUGCCGGUGAUCACGUUAUUGUUUGGGGACCGCACGAUGCAAACGCCACCAUGCUAGACGCUGAAACACUGGAUGGACGCCGAGGGCUAGUACCAGCCAAUUUUGUUCAAAGGCUUGUUGGGGACGAUCUUCUAGACUUUCAUCAGUACUAUUCGCAGGCUGUAUUGACGACGUUACGAGAUGCAGACGAGUCUGCCACAACCGCUAUAAGUGACUUAUCUCUCAGUCGUGAUGUUGCACGUCUUAGUGAAAUGGCUGACAUAAGUGAAGGACCAGAAGAUGAUGAUAAUGUGCCUGCUCCGCGGCAGCUCACACUCGAGAGGCAGCUCAACAAGUCAGUGCUGAUCGGCUGGACAUCGCCGGAAGGAGUCCAACAGGCCAACAUUGAGAGCUACCACGUUUACGUCGAUGGUGUCCUGAAAACUACUGUCAAAGCAACAGAGCGAACUCGAGCAUUGGUCGAAGGAGUAGACUCUAAUCGACCACAUCGAAUAAGUGUUCGCUCGGUGACUGCGACUCGUCGGACCUCACGAGAUGCUGCUUGCACGAUGGUAAUCGGCAGAGAUACUGGCAAUAUGGGCCCGACUUGCGUCAGAGCUAGUGGGGUUACCUGCUCUCAAGCUGUUAUCUCCUGGUUACCAGCGAACUCUAAUCAUCAACACGUUGUUUGUGUUAACAACGUUGAAGUUCGCACAGUAAAACCAGGUGUUUAUCGUCACACCAUAACCGGCCUCUCACCAAGUACACAAUAUCGGGUAACAGUAAGAGCAAAGCACUUGAGAGCAGGCCCGCCGACAGGAAUACCCAUAGAGGAAGCGCCUGGGGCUUAUACCGAUUUUCGAACUCUCCCCAAAGGUCUACCGGAUCCUCCAAAUGAGAUCAUGGUGGAAGCGGGACCCCAGGACGGGACGCUCCUUGUGACAUGGCAGCCCGUACUUCGCCCUCCGGCUUCCGGUCCUGUCACUGGGUACGCGGUAUACGCCGAUGGGAAGAAGGUCACCGAUGUUGAUUCGCCGACCGGUGAUCAUGCUCUCAUCGACAUUGGCAAACUCAUUGGCCUCAAUCCAAAGUGUGUCACUGUGCGUACAAAAUCUCGAGACAGCCAGUCCAGUGACAGUGCACCUACCCCGAUACCGCCAGCUGUCCUACGUGGAGUCGUAUCCAGGAUGCCUCGUGGACCUGGACAGAUGCUUAAUCAACCUGCACCCGGAUAUCGAGGGCAACAGCGGCCUCAGCCUUACCAACAGCAACAGCAAGUUAUAGAACACGACGAAAACCUAUCAGACAAGGAAAUUUUCCCAACUGGCAAUCGCCACGACCAACAUGCAGUUCAGCAAUCAAGUGGAUUCGGCACAGGUCUACUAAAGAGUAUAUUCGACAAAAUAACCCCUUCGCAAUCGGGGAUACCGGCCAUCGAAAUCACUAAAGAGGGCGCUACGGAGCAGUUUUGCGAGGAAGAAGAGACAACGCGACGCCGCCCGCAGCAGCAACCGUCCCAACCAACCCAAGCGUCGCAGCCGGCUUCGGGACCGCAGUACCCGAGCACACAACCAUACCAUGGCACGCAGCAACUCCCUUAUCAACCAGCCGGCCAAUUCCCAAGUAACCAGUCGAAUCAAUACCCCGGACAAUCGCAGCAGUACCAGAACCAACCCUCAAGAAAUCACCACGAACGAGGCCGCCCUCCUAACCCACAUCAGGUGGGCCAGCAGGGCGGUGCUCAAUAUGGGCCUCGUGGUGGACCUCAGGCAGGUCCACGGGGGCCACAAUCUGGCCCUCGCGCAACUGCUCAAGGUCAUCCUCAAUCCAAGAGGAGUCGCUACUUUGUGGCUUUAUUUGAUUAUGAUCCUGCAACCAUGAGUCCGAAUCCCGAGAGCUGUGAUGAGGAGUUACCAUUCAGUGAAGGAGAUACGAUUAAGGUUUGGGGCGAUAAGGACGCGGAUGGUUUCUACUGGGGCGAAUGUCGAGGGCGUCGCGGUUAUGUGCCGCACAACAUGGUAGCAGAGGUGUCGGAGCAAGAGGCCACGGGGCAGGUGACAAAGCCUCGUGACCGAUGGACUGACGCCUAUGCCAACCAGCCCAUUCGUCGCAUGGUCGCUUUAUAUGACUACGACCCGCAGGAGCUCAGUCCAAAUGUCGAUGCUGAUGCGGAGCUUAGUUUUCAAACAGGCCAAAUAAUUCAUGUGUACGGUGAGAUGGACGAUGAUGGAUUCUACAUGGCAGAGAUUGACGGAGUCCGGGGUCUAGUACCGAGUAACUUCCUCACAGAAGCAAACGAUCAAUAUGGCCCAUCCGCCAACACCAGUCAAGGUGGUGGUCCAGGAGUAGCUGGUAUGGCGAGUGGACGGGGAGGUGCGCCGGGAUCUACGCCUUCGGUGCCCGGCGCCGGGCGGGGCAGGGGUGCUCCCCCAGGGCCUGGGGCUCGCGGGCCUCCGCCGCCCCCGCGAGACAACGUGGUCCCCGCACCUCGCAACCAACACCGCAAGACAGAUGCCUGCCCUCUUCCCCCUUCUCAGUUAGACCACAACACAUGCGCCAGUAAUCCAGAACAGGCGAAUUCUCAGGAAGGUUUGCAACAGCAGGCGAGGGGGGAGAGGCGCGGCGAACGCGCAGGCGGCGAGCACGAUCGCGCGCACGAGCGCUGGUAA